AUGAAUACCUCUUCUAGUUUUAACGUAAAAUCUCCUUCGGAUAUUCAUAGUCCAUAUUUAUCAAUACCGCCACCAAUUGAUUCACAUUUUCCAGCUACUACACCAACGAGUGCAACACGAUUAUCACCUCCGUCAUCUGCCAAUAAUAACAACAGUAGUGGACAACAUGAAAAUGUAUCAUUUAAUAAUAAUGGGAUUUCUUCACAAUCCCAUUCUUAUAAUCAAAGGCCUUCUCUAACACUCUCUAUCCCAUCUUUUCCAAUUAUAACGGCUUCCCCCACUGCCAUUCAUAAUCAACAUCCAUUCUCUACUCCCACAAGUAGCCGAACUAAACUUAAUUCUGAAUCAGAAGUUAAUCAUGAAUAUGUAAUGGAAGCUUUGAGACAAAAGGUGCAAAGGAAUCAGGAAAAUCCAGCAAAGAAAUUUAUGACUGUAUUGAAACCAAGAAGUGCGACUGCUCCCUCUUCUUCUUCUUCGUCACAUCGACGUCAAUCACAAAUCGCUUCACCCGUUGAUCAACCUUUGGCACGGUCUCCCAUUCCUGCAUUACCUCCAAUGAAUGUCCAUUCUCCCGUAUUAAAUCAGGAGCAAGUAGCAAAAAGCUGA